AUGACAAUAGAAAUCGCGGCCGACGGGCAUGUGGUCGAAGGAUCGCCCUUGCUUGCCGGAAUCGCCGACGACAAACUACGCGGCUUCCUCUCCACCGACCCAAAUUCACUUCUACCCUCGCAGCGAAGUCAGGUACCCGGCGAGGGCGGCUUCCUCGUGGCUGAUGUCACUUCCCCGCAUGGUGUCGGCCAUCGCGUCAUCUUCAAUCGGCAUCUGAACGUCUUCCAGUUUAUCCUACUAGAUGGCAGCCGAAAGCACGCGAUCACCUACCGCAUCGACGAGCUGCUCUGCGUGCGCGACGCCGCCGUCAAGUUGAAAAGCGGCAUCCCAGCAUUCACCGGGAAAGAAGCCCUCUCCACCAACACGCUCUACUUCUACUUUGUCUACCGAAAAGAUAAGAAGAAAUGGAGGUUAAAGGAGCUGCCCGUCCGCUUCUCGACGCCCAGCGAGCGCAACUACUGGCAGUCGAUCAUCUCGGCCACGUUGAGAUGUAUACGACAGCGUCCGCACAAACUGACGCUGUUCGUGAAUCCGUUUGGCGGCAAGGGCAAAGCACGGCACAUUUACAAAACACAGGUGGAACCCUUCUUCCUGAUGGCCGGCAUCCGGUGCGAGGUGAUCGAGACGCAACGCGCCAACCACGCACACGACUACGUGCUGGAGAUGCCGCAGCAUGAAUGGGAAUCGCUGGAGGGCCUCGUUUCGGUGGGCGGUGAUGGCCUCUUCAACGAGAUCUUAUCGGCGGCCACCCAGCGCACCCAGGCGGAGGCCGGCAAGGAUAUGAACUCGCCGUCGGCCCCUCGACUCUCGACGCCCUCAUUCCGCUUCGGCAUCAUCGGCGCCGGGAGCGCCAACUCGAUCGUCUCGACGGUGCACGAAACGGACGACUGGGCCACGGCUGCUGUACAUAUUGCCAUUGGCUCCGAGUGCAACGUGGACGUGUGCACGGUGCACGAGAACGAGAAGCUGCUCCGGAUAUCGGCCAACGCCAUCUCGUACGGAUGGCUCGGAGAUGUUCUCGAGGAUUCCGAGAGGUUCAGAUGGCUCGGGCCAAUUCGAUAUCAGUGGAGUGCCCUCCGGACUACCGUACGCCAUCCGAUGUACCGGGGCCGGGUGCAAUUCUCGUUGGUGCCGAAGGAGACGCAGGACCCGAAAGAAGCCCUGCCCGCCUGCGUGGGAGAGUGCGCAAUUUGUGAUGGCAAAGAAACAGCGGGCCCGUACCAGUACCACUGGCAAGCCGACUUCACCCACGUCAUCUGCUGCGUCAUCCCCACCAUCACCCCAUUCACCCCACACGGACUCGCCCCAUUCACCGGAAUAGGUGAUGGCUCGCUCGACUUGUCGAUGGUCCCAAAGAUUUCGCGAUGUCACAACAUGCAGUUUAUGCGAAAGGUGGCCAUGUACGGGGGAAAGGGGCUUUUCGGACUGGACUCCUCGCUGAACGUCUACAGGGUCGAGAGGUGGUCCUACAAACCCGAUAUGGCCGUUAAUGCAUCACCGGGAGUCUGGAAUCUUGAUGGAGAAAUCCUCAAACAACCCGCCGAUGCGGCUCUACACUUCAGAUUACACCCACAACUCAUCUCAUUCUUCGGCCGCGACCAAGCCGGCAUCGAGCCCGCCAAACGCAGUGUCAUCAAACGACACCGCAAAUCGUCGAUCGUCUAUAAA